AGGACGCAUUAUUAGUAACGGCGGCACACAGAAACCGGACUGGACUCCCGCGAACACAGAAACAUAGGCGAAGUAAAAAAAAACAUCAAACUCUCAAGAACUGCUUCUCUCCGUGCUGUGCUGUGUGCUGAGAAGAUAAAUCCGACAAAACAGAAGAAACUCGUUUGUUAGUCAUCCAGUCGGCCUCGUGCGUCGUGAUCCCCAUCAAUAAUAAUAAUACUAAAACAAAAUUUAAAAUUACAACGUUUGUGAUUUGUGAAGUUAUAACUGGAAACGCAAGCAAAUAAAGCUCUUUCGAGCGGUGCUAAUUCAUCAUUUUUUGAAGUGGAGAUGAGCCGGUUGCUGCGAUCGGCUCAAGAGCUCAACUAGUGAUCGAGUGUUUAGUGAUAAAUUGAACGGGGAAAAUAAAAAGUCUUAUCUUAGUGUGUGCAAUGCUAUCAACAACGAGUGCCUUUACUAUCGUAACGACGGCUGUGAUAAUUGCGGUUUGCGGCAGCGUGGCGGCGGCCGACUCCGGAAGCGGAAACCAAGGACAUUUCGAACGAUAUGCCCGGAUUUCCCCAACCAUUCGGAGUGGUAAUGCUUCGCAGUCCGGCAAGGAAUUACCAUUCGAGGAUGAUGAUGAUGUUCGAAGAAGUCAAUGGCCGCGGGAGCAGUUGAGCGUAGGCUACGUCCUGGAUGGGGAAAAUGUGACCCUGGAUCUGUGGCUGAACGACGAGAUGGUACCGGUGGAGCACUUUGUCAGCGUUCAGGAGCACGGCGAGGAUCGAGUUCGGAGGCUGCAGCAGCACGAAGUGGAGAUGUGUCACUAUCAUGGCAUCAUCCGUCAGCGGCCGGAAUCUCACGUAGCUCUAUCCACCUGUGACCACGGCAUCCGCGGAGUGGUGUACGAUCACGAUGCGACGUAUCUGUUGGAUUUCGAAGAUGUCGGCUCCCGGAAGCAACACUACAUCUACAGGCGACCAGGAUUUAAGUUCCGCAAUCAUCGGACCAAGCGUGCCCUCGAAGCGAUGGACUCUCCCACGGUUGACUCCAUCCGAGCGGCGUACAAAUCGAACGCCGCGUCCAGCUACGUUGAACUGGUGCUGGUCAUCGACAAUGCCCUUUACCGCAGUACCAGCAACGAUCAGCGAAUUCACCGAUACUGCCUGGACUUGGUGAACGUGAUGAACGCCAUCUACCGUCCGCUCAACAUCUACAUCGCCCUGGUCGGGGUGGUCAUCUGGUCCGACCGGGACCAGAUCGAAAUCAGCUCGGAUUCCAAGAAGACGUUGGAGAACUUUCUCAACUAUCGAAGAAACACGCUAUUGAAGAUGAUCCCACACGACAACGCGCAACUGUUGACGGGUGUUCACUUCACCGAUAGUGUUGUGGGGAAAGCAGAGUUGGGUUCGAUGUGUACGUAUGCGGGAUCCGGUGGAGUCGAGGUCGUCGACACAAAGUUCGUUGCCUUGCAGGCCAGUACCAUAGCACACGAGAUGGGCCAUAACUUCAACAUCGAUCACGAUGGACCGGACUGCCACUGUCCCAACGGGAACUGUGUGAUGGCAUCGAAGACAGUUCGUAGCCAAGCGGCUCCCAACCAUUGGAGUUCGUGCAGCGUGAGGGAUUUGGAGACGGCCUUCAAACAUGGGCUGGGGUCCUGUUUGAAGAACAAACCGGAGAAAAUGUUCGUGAAGAGCACCUGCGGGAAUGGGUUACUAGAACCCGGUGAAGAGUGUGAUUGUGGACUGGCUGACGUUUGUGAUACCAAGUGCUGUGACGCAAUGACCUGUCGACUGACGGUGAAUUCAACCUGUGCGAAUGGAGAGUGUUGUGAUCUGGAUAGCUGUCAGGUGAAAUCAGCAGGGGUUAAGUGUAGAGCGGCAGCAGGAGAGUGCGAUUUGGCAGAGCACUGUGACGGGCAGUCGGCUGUUUGCCCGCGAGAUGUCUACCUAAGAGAUACGGAGCCUUGUGCCAGUGGAAAGGCUUUCUGCUUCAAAGGGCAAUGCCGGACGCGCGAUAGUCAGUGCAAGGUGCUAUGGGGAUCGACGGCCAAGUCGAUCGACGAAUAUUGCUAUCAAACGAAUAAGAAUGGAUCGAUUUUCGGAAAUUGCGGGAACAAUUUACUGACCGGAGAGUAUACGAAAUGUAGCCAGGAGGACAUGAUGUGUGGGUUGCUGCACUGUAGUCAUCGGAAUGAAAAGUUGGACUUUGGUAUGCAGGCAUACUCCAAGUUAACAACGACAAAGUUUAGCCAUUACGGACCUAGGGGUACUGUUAGGGAGACUAUUUGUAACACUGCCGUAGUGGAUCUAGGAUUAGAGGUCGUCAAUCCCGGGCUGGUUCCGGACGGCGCAAAAUGUGGAGCGGGAAAAAUGUGCUGGAAGCAGAAGUGCGUAUCGUUAACGCAUCUACAGGAGAACGAUGUGGGAGAGGAUUGCACCGACGGCUGCAACGGGCAUGGCGUGUGUAACAGCGAAGGAAACUGCCACUGCGACAUAGGAUAUGGAGGGCAGUUUUGCGAGAAGUCCGGUCUUGGAGGGUCUGUGGAUAGCGGGCCCAUCGUAGAUCCGGAUGAAUCGUUGAACACUUUCUGGACAUUCUUCGUCCCAACUGCUCUGCUAUCGUUAGCAAUCGUGGCAGGAGCUUACUUCUACCGAGACAGCAUUACGGAACUGUUCAGGAAGCUAUUGAUCAAAUUCCGAAUGCGAAAGUACGGCCACAUGGUACCGCCGGCUUCACCCACAACAACAGGCCCGCCGAAGCCACCACGAGUGGAGAUAUCUUCUCCGACACUUAGUGCAACAACGUCCAAUACGAUUAAGCUUCCGAAGAAGACCGAUACCACCAUACCGACGCGGGCAGCUCCUGCUCCACCAGUAGCACAGCCCGAACCAGCUCAACACUUCAUCAAAGUGAACAUCAACAACAGCGGGAAGAUCACCAUCGAAAACAAGAUCGUCAAUUCACCAUUCAUGCUAACUUCACCCCUUCUGGAUGCUCACGAAGCCAUCCACGAAAUCAAAGCCAAAGGUCCUGCGAUAAUCCUGAGUCAACGCUCGAUCAGCGUCGACUCGGAAAGCCCUCUUCUCAACGCCACCGCCCAGACUCCCGUCGUAGACACCCCACCCAUCCCGGGCACCCCCGAACCGGACCUCGGUACCCUCCUGAGUCAGGUCAAGCUCAAAAAAGUGCAAGGUUUCCAAUCUCAUCGAUCGAAAAGUGACGAGAAACCGGCUCGACGGUUACCACAACUCCCUCGGCAGAAGACCAUCGGUGAGUUCCAAAAUAUCGUCGCCGAAGUCCACCCGAAGCGAAGCCCGGUAACGGAACUUCCACCCACUCCCAAUCCCUUCGCCGAAGUCCAACUGAAGAAGAUCAAACCGCGCACUCCGAACCUCCAAAGUCGAGAAAACCUGGACGAAAUCAUCGAAGAGCGAAGUCAUCCUCCAACCGUUCAAAAGCAGCGACCGACCGUGUCGGUGAAGCCAUUCCUCAAACCUAGUCUACCUCAGAAACCUCCCCAAACCAACCCGGACAAUCAACAGAGCAAUCCGAAACCAGCUAGGAAGCUGCCACAGAUUCCGCCGCCGAUUGCGAAGAAGACUGCCGAAGGUUCCAAUAAGGGUAGCAGUAGCAGCGUGGCUGCGCUGAAAGCGAAGCUCAAUCUUGAACAACUUUCCGGCGGCGGAUCCAAACGGUGAUUAAAGUUAGGAAUUUUAAACGAAAUCUUUUCGUACAGAUUUGUUGGUUAGUUAUUGGUCUUGUUGAGGUCCCUCCCUCACGCUGAGGGUGGAGCAUGAAAUUGUUAAUUUUGGACCAAGUUUUUUGGAAGCCACUUUUGGGUCUUGAAUAAGAUUAUUCUCAAUUAUUGUGAUUUGAAGUGAAGCAACACAGGACUGUUGCGUGCUACUUAUUGAGUAAGUACUUAAUCUAGUAUAGCGUAAGGAGGAAUUAUAAAUGUACAUUUAUAAAGUAUUUAAAUUAGACUGCUUACGGAUUUAGAGGUUAGGCGCUUGGCGAAGAAGAAACAUCGAAUCACAUAUCGAAUAAUAAACGACUAGUCAAUUAGGGUUACAAGUUUUGAA